GUCUCCGUCUGCGGUCACUGCUGAGGUUUAAGGAACUUUCCGGGCAAGGGCCAGCCAGGUCCUUUCCCUCCAACCCACGCCGCGCCUGCCGCCCCCUCGGAGACACCGCCAGGGAUCAGGGAUCCUCUCCGGGUUCCAACUUUUGCGCGCGCUCUGCGCCCCCUGACUGCUGUCCCACUCCAGCGCCGAGGGGCGCGCGCGUCUUCCCGGGGCCAGCCACGCUCCCAACCUCUAGGCUCUCCCUCCUCCUCCCCGGCGCGGGUGUGGGGCGGGGUGAGGCUAGAUUCGGGGUACACUCGAGCUUUCCCAGCGCUCGGGAUUCGCCCCCCCCGCCUCAGAGCCGGCCCUUGGGGGGAAAUUGAAAUCGAGCUCCGGAGGUCCGGGCCGGUGCCGCCGAACUCAAAUCGGCCCCGUCUUGGCUCUCCGAAUCCCCGUGCCGUCGCGGGCUGAUCGGGGAGCUCGGGGCCGCGUCGCCCCGUCGGGUGCGGAACGCGCCAUGGCCGGCUGCUGCUGCCUGACCGCGGAGGAGAAGGAGUCGCAGCGCAUCAGCGCGGAGAUCGAGCGCCAGCUUCGCCGGGACAAGAAGGACGCGCGCCGCGAGCUCAAGCUGCUGCUGCUGGGAACUGGUGAAAGUGGCAAAAGCACCUUUAUCAAGCAAAUGAGAAUUAUCCAUGGGUCUGGUUACAGUGAUGAAGACAGAAAGGGGUUCACGAAGCUGGUUUACCAAAACAUCUUCACCGCCAUGCAAGCCAUGAUCAGAGCGAUGGACACCCUAAGGAUACAGUAUGUGUGUGAGCAGAAUCAGGAAAACGCCCAGAUGAUCAGAGAGGUGGAAGUGGACAAGGUCUCCUCACUCUCCAGGGACCAGGUGGAGGCCAUCAAGAAGCUCUGGCAGGAUCCAGGAAUCCAGGAGUGUUACGACAGGAGGAGGGAGUACCAGCUGUCAGACUCUGCCAAAUACUACCUGACUGAUAUCGAGCGCAUCGCCACGCCCAUGUUUGUGCCCACGCAGCAAGACGUGCUCCGUGUCCGCGUGCCCACCACCGGCAUCAUCGAGUACCCGUUUGACCUGGAGAACAUCAUCUUCCGGAUGGUGGAUGUUGGUGGCCAGCGCUCUGAGAGACGGAAAUGGAUUCACUGCUUUGAGAGUGUCACCUCCAUUAUUUUCUUGGUUGCCCUGAGCGAAUAUGACCAGGUCCUGGCUGAGUGUGACAAUGAGAACCGCAUGGAAGAGAGCAAAGCCUUGUUUAAAACCAUCAUCACCUACCCUUGGUUUCUGAAUUCAUCUGUGAUUUUGUUCUUAAACAAGAAGGAUCUUUUGGAAGAGAAGAUCAUGUAUUCCCAUCUAAUUAGCUACUUCCCAGAAUACACAGGACCAAAGCAGGAUGUCAAAGCUGCCAGAGACUUUAUCUUGAAGCUCUACCAAGAUCAGAAUCCUGACAAAGAGAAAGUCAUCUACUCCCACUUCACAUGUGCUACAGAUACAGAGAAUAUCCGCUUUGUGUUUGCAGCUGUCAAAGAUACAAUUCUACAACUAAACCUGAGGGAAUUCAACCUCGUUUAAAAGCUGCUGCCCACUCCUCUCCCAUAACAGAAGACGUGAUUUUCAAGUGCCUCUUAUUUUAUUUGCAAGUGCUUUUGACAUCACCUGAGCCAGCCCCGUGCCAAGCCCAAAGACAUCAAGCAGAUCACAGAUGGGUGAUGGAACUUAGAUAUUUGAGUUGACCAAAAUAUUUUUAAAGUCUUUAUUCCCAGAACUGUAUAAUUCUUUUUUUGACUUUAAGCUGUAAGAUUUUGCGUAAUUUUAAAAUUUGGUAUUUUAUAGGACUUUUAAAGGAGAUUGUGAUUUACUGUUUUAUUUUUAAUUAUGUUUUAAGUGUGUUUAAAAAUAGUCAUUAAUAAUUAUGUUACAGAGGGUCCUGUUAGUUUAUAGAUCAUGCCUCAAGACCCCUAGGAUUAAUUUGGGUGACUUUUUUUUUUUUUAAGAAUAUUAAGGCUUGAAGAUUUUUUAUUAAAUCUUGUAAUUUAGAGACAUUUCUCAUUGGCUGUUUUCUCCUCAUGCUGAAGUCUGACCCCUUUAACAUGCCACCAAAGAUUGUUUUAAAAAGCAGUUGGUUCUUUUUGUGUUAAUUUUCUAGGCCAUACUAAUGAGUAUUCCAGCAUAUCUAAUUUAUUUUUGCCACAAUUUGGUCACCAUGAAGCCAAAAUUGGCAUAUGUUAAAUGAGCUCUUAUAGUACAUAUAUACUAUUGUACUGGUGAAAAAUGUGUAUGUGUGUGUGUGUGUACAUAUACAUGCUUUUCUUUCCCCCGAUGUAUAUGACCAGGUCUUGUACACUUAUGAAACAGCUAAAAUUCUAUAUUGUUUAACAAAUGUUAUAUAACUAUCCCUGUCAAAGUUGUGAUGGCCAUCAUGGAUUUGUUGUGUUUGAAUUAUGUAUGCCAUGCCUUUCUGAGGAGGCAAAGAAUACACCAUUCUG